AUAGAAAGUUAUAGCUUUUUAUCGAAUGUCGAAAGAAUCUUACCUAGAAUUGACAAGGAUCAUUAGCCCUCUCAUAGAAAAGAUAGACACAAACAUGAGGGAAUGUGUGUCUGCAGAGGAAAGAAUUUUGAUUACUCUAAGGUAUUUGGCUACAGGUGAAACAUUCAUGUCAGUUUCGUUAUAUUUUGCAAGAGGUGAAAGCACAGUAAGAAAAAUUAUCAAAGAAAGUACAGAAAUUAUCUGGAACGCAUUGAAAGACAUUUACAUGACAAUUCCUACACGAGAACAAUUUAAACAUAUAGCAGAUCGUUUUGAACUAUUAUGGAACCUUCCCAAUUGCAUUGGCGCACUGGAUGGAAAACAUAUCCGCAUUGAAAAGUUUCCAAAUACAGGUACUGAAAACUUUAAUUACAAGCACUUCCACUCUACUGUACUACUGGCAUGCUGCGAUGCAGAUGGCUUAUUCACCAUUAUAGAACCAGGUUUCGCUGGACGUAAUAGUGAUGGCGGUAUUUUUAAAGCCUCUGCAAUGAACUACUGGCUAACCCAUGGCGGUUUUGACAUCCCUUUACUUUCUCCAUUAGGAUAUGAUGAAACCGACAGUCUGUUUCCUUAUUACUUUGUUGCAGAUGAAGCGUUCCCAUUGUCACGCAAUUUAUUGAGGCCCUAUUCAAGUAGACCCCUUGACAAUGUCAAGAGAAUAUUUAAUUAUAGAUUAAACCGAGGUAGUAAAACUAUUGAAUGCGAGUUUGGAAUGGCAGCAGAAAAGUUCGCAGUGCUUAAUGGACCCAUACGGUGUCGUGAUCCAACAACAGUCAAUAAUAUAAUAAGAGCUCCUUCCAUCCUUCACAACUUCGUACGGAAAGGAGAGGGAAUACAGUAUUAUCCCCAAGGAGAAAUAUACGAGAUCGUGGAAAAACCCAACAAUAUAGAAACACAAGACUUGGUGAUACACGAAGCCUCUUCAGUGACUAAUUUGAGAAAUUAUUUAGCGAACUAUUUUCUUUCUCCUCGUACAUGUCUACCAUGGCAGUGGAAAUUCGCAGAACCAGGAAAUAAUAUGAAAUAACAUUAUAAUGUCAUAAAAAAUAAUGCAAAAAUAAAUUAUACAAAUUUA